UCAAUUAUGUCGUUUAUACUGUUAUUCAAACAUUUGGUAUGCAGUUUAUUAAAAUAUAAAUAUUGAAUACAAUCAAAUGAUUACGAAAUUUAGAAAUCAUUUGUUGGAUCAAUUGUAUGUGUGCAUUGUGACAAGUAUCAUAGUAUCUGUAUUUCACUAGGAAAAAUAUGCCUACGUUUCUGACAACAGAAAUAACCUAACCUAUGCACCUGCGUAUAGUUAUGCGUUAAUAUCCCCACUACUUGAUAAAUAAAUGAAUACAGCUAGCAAGUUACCACGGAAAAUUUAUGUUAAAAGACUUGACAUCUUCUUCAAACUGUUUCGUUACAAAUCUGAGUAUCAUUAUUAUGAUAUUGUUCCAUCUUUACCUCUUCGUAUGUCCGGACUAGCUGUAAAACAAGUAUUUUUGAGAAAUUUUUGUAAAAACGUGUUAAUAUCUGAGAGAUCUGUUUGUUAUAAUUUAAUGGCAAAUUCAGCUACACAACAGAAAUUAAGUCAAACAUCAAUGGAUCCUUUUUUGGAAACAUAUUACAAUUCUAAUAAUUAUGAAAUUCCAUUAAAUUUUACAUCAGAAAAUUUAGCAUGUGAAAGUAACAUACAAACACUUGAGACGAAUACAUGUGUUGAAUCUCCAAUGUUCUUAAUGGAUAAGUAUAUGUCUGACAAACAAAGAUAUAAAUCAAUGCGACAAUGGAAACGAUUUAAGAAAGAGAAGCUGACCUCUAAUUCUGAAGAAUCUUUUAUUCUGAGAGUAUUAUCCUUCAACAUUUUGGCACAAUAUCUACUGGAAACUUAUUCAUUUUUAUAUACGGCACAUGACAAGCAGGCACUAUCUUGGGAGAUUAGGAGGCAGCUUCUCUUAGAAGAGAUUUUAGGAAUGCAAGCUAAUGUCAUUUGUCUUCAAGAAAUGCAAGAAGAACAUUUAGAAGAAUUUUUGAUUCCAUUCAAGGAGUUGGGUUAUAACUACUUAUAUAAAAAGCGAACAAAUGAUAAGAAAGAUGGACUACUAUUUCUGUAUCGAUCUGAUCAACUUAUUUUAUUGGAUUAUGCAAAGGUUGAACUUUAUCAACCUGGCAUAGAAUUAUUAAGUAGAGAUAAUGUUGGAAUUAUUGCAAAACUAGCAGUUAGAAAAAGUCCUGAAAUACAAUUGGUGAUUGCUACAACUCAUCUACUCUACAAUCCAAGAAGAAAUGAUGUAAGACUAGGACAAGCUCAACUUCUUUUAGCAGAAAUUGAAAGAAUUGCUUUCCUAGAGAAUACAAUGACGGGUAUCAAAUAUCUUCCAAUCAUACUCACAGGUGAUUUCAACUUAAAACCCUAUUCUGGAGUAUACAAAUUUAUUGUAGAAGGAGUAUUUAAAUAUCAAGGCAAGGGAAGAAAUCUUGAACGAACAGAUUACCGAUCUCUAUCGAAUUCUCUUAUUCCUCCUCGACUUUGCGUUACUGAUAAUUGUCAACAUUUUAAUGUCUUAAAACAUAGAUUAAGUGGAGAAGGAACAGAUAAAGUGAUGUUGGAAAAUAGCGAACAUGCUGUAGAAGAACUCACUUCAACAAAUAAUUCAUCAAAUCUUUGUGAAGUAAACGCAGAUACAACUGAUCUUCAAACAAUAGAAAUUGCACAUGAUCAUCAUGUAAAAUUCUGUUCUGGUACUUUAACACAUCCUUUUCAUUUUGAUAGUGUAUACAAACAUCAAAAUUGUCACGGAGAACGAGAAGCUACAACGAAUCAGGGCGAAUGGAUUACUGUUGAUUAUAUCUUUUAUAGCGGUUUGGAACUUCUUGAAAAAUAUGAUUUACCCACAGCUAAAAGGUGUAACACUUUACCUACAAUACCUAAUUUUGCGAUUGGAAGUGAUCAUUUGUGUUUAGCAGCUACUUUUAAACUACAUAAAAGCAAGCUUUAAAGCUGUACGAUUUAUAAUCUAGUGUAAUAUUGUUAUAAACUUGACAUAGAACACUUUUUUUACAUUAACGUAUGAGAAAAAUGACAUAAGAGAUACUGUACAGAAUAGCAAUGUUAUUUUGUGUAAAAAAUCCAAAAUGUCUUUAUUUUCCUUUACUCUUAUAUAAAUGUGGAAAAGAUACUUUAGUUUAUAAUGAUUUGAUAAUGUAGAAUAUGACAUGUACUAUCUAGAUUAUAUAUUUAUUUCGGGUGCAAAACCAAAUUUAAUACAAAAUUAUUGUUCUUUAA